AUGUCUUUAGAAAAAGUAAAUAGGAACAAACGGUUAGGAUUUGGUCGUGUAUCUGUUUUGACGUUUGAGCGUCAUAAAGACCACGAUGAACGUAUUGAAGACAUCCAUAAUUCUAUUAGUUGCGAAUAUGACAGACAAUUGAACAUUGAUUGUGUGAAUGUAGCACCGGAUUUUGAAGGGAUCCUUGUUUCCUGGCUACGCAAAAAGGACAACUAUAAGAGAUGGAAAAAAGAUGAUCCACAAGACAAAACAAAAGAUGCCCUGUGUACAGAAAUUAAAGAACUCAUGGAAGAGUGUGCAAUCCUUCUCUGUCAAAAACAAGCCAUUUACGCAAAGAUCCAGCAUAUACAGCAGAAUUUCCUUGAGUCACAAAUACUUCACCGACUUCAAUUCCGGCGGAUUGAAGAAGGGAUGAAACGUCAUGGGGUGCCAAAUGAACUCGUUGAAAACACUAUAAUGGAGUUAAUGAUGAAAGUUUUCCCUUUCUAUUACGAUCUCGUUCCAGUAAUGGGUGUUAAUCUACAGACCGACCCUGUCUUAAUUUCCUCGUCCACAGUCAAAACCUAUCCUUGGGGCCCCCCCAUUCCUUGGAAAAAAGCAGGUCUUAGAAACAUCGAUAAUUCCGAGAGAACCAAUGUGGUUGAAUACAUUAAGGAAUCGGAUAUGCUUUAUCAGAAGAAGGCAGAGGGCGAAGGAAAACCUAAGCUUCUUAAUGUAGAUUCCUCUGAGGCCGACCGACCCAGGAAAGGGGUUCGUGAUAGAGAUAUUAUGAUGGAUAUAAGUGGGCUCGUUAGGGAUUUCGAUCAAGAAGAAAUGUCUUUAAUGUAUAUUUCAAUCUUGGUCAAUUACCCCACUCUGUUCAUAAACAAGUCGACAUUGGGCUUGAAUAAGCUGGAGGUGUAUUUGGACUCUGUUGCCUAUGAAUAUUGA